AUGACCAAACGCCGCCCUCCGACCUCCCACACACCCAUAAACUUCGGCUCAACGCUGCCCGCGGACCUCCUGGUCCCUCAAGAUGUUACCAACCCAUUCCACUUACCUGGUGAAUCUUCGGUCGGGGCAGGAGUCUCUUUUCCUCCUGUGGACCCAACCCUAGCUGCGAGCUCGGGGGAAGCAGCCCGUCCGAGCGGACCAAAACGGAACAUGCUAUUCCAAGAGCAGCUAGGCCAGCACGAGACGACUCGUUUCUCUGCUGUCUUUUUUGAAAACCGAGAUAGCUUUGGCGCAGUGAUGCUUGAUGCGACGAACUCCGACCACCACGAGUUAGGCCGAGAGCCUGAUGUUAUGGCCAGGUCUCGAGUAGAGUUCGGAGUUAGAACACUGCUCAACUUCCCCACUGCUCGUACAUUUGACGUGCUGAUGACUGGAAUCCAUCAUAUCUACGAUGUAUGGCUAUCACCCACCAUGAUCCAACAAUGCUUGAAACAAGUAUGGACAGAAUACGCCAGUGAGCUAGGGGAGCCCCGGACGCGGGAAUCUGUGUUGAAAAUGGCAAAAGAUUUAUUCAUGAACCACAAAAGGCCCCGCCCAACACCUGAUUGCGAUGCUGCAAGCAACUCCGACCAUGUUUCCUGGAUAAACUGGUUUGGUGGACCUCAUCUGCGAUGGGAAAUGAUCGGGAUACUCUUCAGCUGGGCUGGAAUUGCUUUCAGAUGCAAACAAGAGUGGGACCAAGUGUUCGAUCUACCCGAGCAGGAUGGGCGGAAUCGCAACACUGCCGCUGAGAAAAUGAGAGAGUGUGCUGCUGCCUGUGUAAAGCUUUGCGAAGGGAACUUUGAGAUCAGCGAUACCAUGGUCAUUUGCAUGAAGAAUAGCACCAGACUACAAAGCAUCAUCAUCAGUGACGAGAGUGACCGCGUACGAGUCGACUACGGCACUGUUCGCAGUGCUUUUAUAAGUGCAGGACUGCACCGUCUUUCUCCUUCGAAGGAAAUCACACCGUUUUCUCAACACCGAGCAUCACUCGCUUCAUCGAUGUAUUACCACGACAAAUGCCACAGUUUGUUCAACGCGCGACCACCUAUGCUCAGUAAUCAAUACUGCCAAUGUCCUCUGCCACUUGAUUUAUGCGAGGAAGAUGUAUAUGGGGGCCAGGAAAGACUCAUCGUGGCCAUUGCGAAACUUGACUCUAAUGGCUGGAAUACUAAUGGCCACAUAUACACAACAACAUGGCUUCGAGCACUGACGAUGCUUAGUCCUAUCCGGGAGGGCAUCUUGGAACUAACUCUUAGUGUCAAUUCGAAUUUCACUAAAUCGCAGGUAGAAGACCUGCAAGUUCAGUUGGGGAAGAUCGUCGCUUCAUAUCCUCGGCACAUUCAGUAUCAGGGGAACUCCGAAUGGCACCCACAGCCAAGCUCACGACCCCAUAAACGGGGCGCUCAUGAAGUCUAUAUUAUCACCCGCAUACAACUUGAUGUAUUGCAAUGCCAGUUCCUUCUCCAGCGCCUACUUGUGUCGCGACAAUUCAGCGGUGGCCAGAAUUUGUUCAAUAUCGCCCAAGAGACAAUGACUGUUAUCCUGUCUCUCUGGCUUAACCGUGAUCAGCUGCAGGAAUUUCACCAUGCCUUUGACUGGAUUGGAGUAUCAUACGGAAUGCCCUGUGCCGGAAUCUUGUGUGUCGAGCUUCUUCGAGCAAGUAAUUUAGUACCACCUGCCACACAAAGCGAGAUGUUACCGGCGACUGCCGGUCACGAAUGUGUUAGAUUCUCGCGGUCGGAAGUCGUCCAAACUCUGGUUAUGUUCAAAGCCUUACUUGACUGGAUACGACCCACGGAUAAUAAUGCGCAGCUUAGCAAGAAGUUCAAGACAGUUCUACAGAGAAUCAUUGACGCCGUAUUUGAUUCUUUGGGGUCGCCGCAAGCACAAGGGAUGCCGAACGAGCAGCCCCAGAGACACCAUGGUCCGCAAGCACAACAGUCUCUAGGGCAAAAUUUGCCUACUGCGACGGGCAGAGAGCAUGAAAUUGACCCUGAGAUGAACACAUUUGGAGAUAUGGAUUGGCUGAACACCGUUGAUUGGACUCAGAAUGGUUGGCUUGAGCAAAGCAAUCCACCUUUCUCAUAUUAA